GGGCGGGGCGAGAACGCGAGAGCCCGGACGAAACGCGGAAGGGGCUGCGGCGCGGGGACCUCGGCCGGGCCGGGGGCGGGGCGGUCGGCGGGAGCGUGGAGCUCUUGGGUGACAGGUGCGCGGAGCCGAGGCAGCGGCGGAGGUGUGUGACCCGACGGGAGGAGACACGGUGGCGGCGAUGCUGGAGACCCUGCGGGAGCGGCUGCUGAGUGUGCAGCAGGAUUUCACCUCCGGGUUGAAGACUUUAAGUGACAAGUCAAGAGAAGCUAAAGUAAAGAGCAAACCAAGGACUGUUUCCUCUUUGCCAAAAUACUCUGCUGGACUAGAACUACUUAGCAGGUAUGAAGAUACAUGGGCUGCACUUCACAGGAGAGCCAAGGAAUGUGCAAGUGCUGGAGAGCUGGUGGACAGUGAGGUGGUUAUGCUUUCAGCACACUGGGAAAAAAAGAAGACAAGCCUGGUAGAGUUACAGGAGCAGCUUCAGCAGCUUCCAGGAUUGAUAGCGGAUUUAGAGUCCAUGACAGCAAAUCUGACGCAUUUAGAAACUAGCUUUGAGGAGGUAGAAAAUCACCUGCUAAAUCUGGAGGAUUUAUGUGCACAGUGUGAAUUAGAAAGACACAAACAUACACAGUCCCAACAACUGGAAAAUUACAAGAAAAAUAAGAGGAAGGAACUUGAAGCCUUCAAAGCUGAACUAGAUGCAGAGCACGCCCGGAAGGUCCUGGAGAUGGAGCAUACCCAGCAAAUGAAGCUGAGAGAGCGGCAGAAGUUUUUUGAAGAAGCCUUCCAGCAGGACAUGGAGCAGUACCUUUCCACAGGUUACCUGCAGAUAGCGGAGAGGCGAGAGCCCAUGGGCAGCAUGUCGUCCAUGGAGGUGAACAUCGACAUGCUGGAGCAGAUGGAUCUGAUGGACAUAUCUGACCAGGAGGCCCUGGAUGUCUUUUUAAGUUCAGGUGGAGAAGACAAUGCCGUGCUGUCCCCUGUCUUAGAGCUGGAAUCAAGUACUGGUCAGAAUGAAAUCACUCUUCAGGUUGCAAAUCCCUCUGAAUUGCGAGCCCAGUCACCUUCCUCAUACUCCGCCUGCACUGACCCAGCCACCCAGGACCCUGGUGAAGGUGGGGAGUCCCCUGUCGUUCAGUCUGACGAGGAGGGAGUUGAGGUGGACACGGCCCUUGCCACUUUACACACCGAUGACAGUGACUCCUAAACCCGGCACCACAUUCUCUGGGCACCUUUGAAGGAAGACUCAGCUGUGCACAGAACCCCUCGGUGAAGGCAGGUGGUUUGAUGGAGACUCUUAGUUUUCACACAGUUGCCAGUGAUUUGGGAGAAACUGACUGCCAGAAGAGCUAACAAUAAAGUUCGAGGACUUUAAACUGAGAGAGUGCAUGGCCCGUUUGUUCAGAAAGGCUUCUAAACACACAUACCCUCCAGGCUUUAGCAUGCAGGAGGGCAGCUCAGUCCACCAGGCCAAGAAAUGUAAGGCUUUUCUUCAUCUCAUCUUCUCACUCCCCUCUCGACUCCCCAUCCCGUGUGGGGCAGGGCUGGACCUCAAAGUGUAGCCGCCUCAUCAGUUCAACACUGAAGAAAAAGCCCUUCGCAGACAGAAAAUUCAGCUUCCUCUAAAACAGAACUGUAGACACACUCAGCUCUAAUGAAAGUUGGGUUCUCAUCUGAUUUUUACAGAAUUAUUAACAGUUCAAGUAACCCCUACUUUAACUCUGGAACACACAUCUGGGCCCAAAGGAAAUGAAAAUAAGCAAAUCAAUAUGCCCUUCUCACCCCUGACAAGGAACGGCUCCCACAGAGAUGGGAUUUUCCCUUUCAGCACUCCUCACAGCCCAGCUCCUAGGGGGAGAGGAAAGCCCUACUCACCCAGCCAAGGGGCAGCUACAGGUGGGGAGGUCCCAGCCCAGCUGGCUCUCACAGUGUUACUUCCUGUGGAGAAGGGCCACUAGCUGGACCCCAGUGGGCCCCACAGAAAAUAAGAGGGCAAACAGUAGGCAUUUUGUUUUGCUUGAAGGGGAUUCAAACCACCACAUGGAAAGUGAGAAAGAUCAAAAUGUGUUGUCUGUGCAGCUCCCUGGCUGGGGUGGGGGCGGGGGGCGGUACGUGGAGACUCGCACCCUCUGUCCAUACACUGGAAAAGAAAUUGCUCAUUUCACUCACUCAUCUUCCACAGACAGAUAUCCAAAAAACUUUGUUUUUAUUAUUAAACCUUGUAGUACAAACCUGAAAAGUAAACAAAAACUGGCAAUAAACAACAUGAAGUCUUCCCUCCCAAGGGAGGAGUGCAGAGCAGCGCUAAUAAAUUAAAUGUCAAACUGUAAGCCAUAGGCAGAAGUUUACUGUCAAAAAGAGGGAAAGUACACAGCAAGGCCAUAAAAACCGGACAACCACAUUGGAAAACACUUGACUCUGUUUAUGUCAUUGUUAAAUAUUCCAAAACAGUUCAGUCUUCUGCAACAACAACCAACAAAGUGGAUCACAGGACGCUCCUGACAGUCCCACUGGCAAGCUCAGUGCAAUAUGGGUAGCUACGGGAUCGAUGAAUCCAAUUAUGAAACAAAGAACAGCUUGUGAAAACAGUUUCCCUUCUUUAUUCCACACAUACUGUACACACAACCGGAGAAGGGCAACAGCUACUCCAUUAUUAUUUUUUUGUUGUUGUUCAGUGAUGUAAGCAGCACUUAUAAAUGUUACAAGAAAAACCCUGUAAGCAUCCAAUCCAACCGAUGAAGAAACUGAAAUGUAAGGCUUUUCUUCAUCUUGUCUCCUCACCCCCCUCCCCACCCCCACUGAGAAAAAGGCUCAAGUAUUUAAAACAAUUUACAGGCAUAUGUACAAAAGGAUGGGCUUUUUUUUUUCUUUUUUUUUCCUUUUUGUUACAACAUGAAGAGAAAAAAUAGACAAGAUGAGCGCAAAUGCAUUUUCACAUUCAAAAAGAACUGCAGACCUCCUAGUGGCUCUAAAUGUGAUCAUAAACGAAACAAAUUUAAAAGAGAUUAAUGCUGACUUGUGAAGGUGUGAACGACAAGCAGUGAGGUGAAGAUGGAAUGUUAGAAAGAUUGCACGUCUAUGACAGAGAAGCACUUACGGCUUCAAUCACUUUUAUUCCUUUUUUUUCCCCUUAAGGAUGCUAUUGAAGGGUUUUUUGAUAAAGUAGCCAACAGCACCAAAAAAUAACAGAAUGGAUUUCCUAAUGAAAUCAGGCACAGGUUUCCGCACGUGACCCCUCCAAGGCAGGCAGGCUUUUUCUUCUCUCUCUUCUCCUUUGUCCUUAAACAGAUGCAUAGUGAUGUGCUGGUACAGAGAACCUCGUCACUCAGACCUCCUCACUUUGCCUAUGGUUAGGAAACAACGUCCGCCUUCAGCUGCCGCAACCGCCCGAAGAAACAAGAUGGGGUUCUCCGGUUUUGAAAAUCACAAACUCAU